GGGGCUUCGCCGCUGCCGCCGCCGCGGAGGACAGCCUUUCCGCGCGGGACUCCGGGGCACCGAUAGGGCCAUGUAAGCAGAUACCAGGAGAUCAUCAGGUUGGCCUACCUUGCAGUGUCAGGGGGCUCAGAGGUAAUUCUGUGGAUAAAGGGCAUAGAGGCUGCCUGACUUAGGGAAUCAAAUGAACAGAGCAAUCAUAUGAGCAAGAGAUAGUCCUUUGCGCUUCACGGAGAACAGAAAGUUGAGCAGAGAGGCCGUGUGGACAUUUCUGGCUUCUUUGGAAGAUUAGUUUAACGAGCCUCCCAGUGAGAGAAUCGCUGGCACAGGGCGGAAUGCGACCCUCCAGAGCGCCGCGCUGGGCAUGGACGCCUUUUUCCGCACUUGGAGGAGCACGGGUGCUAGUGUCAUCGCCCAGUCACAAAGCUGCUAAGGCCGUCUCAGGGGCGUGGGCGUCAGGACAGGAGGGCAGCAUCCGAGGGCCACAGAGCCAUGCCUUUCGGCCUGAAGCUCCGCCGGACCCGGCGCUACAACGUCCUGAGCAAGAACUGCUUUGUCACCCGCAUCCGCCUGUUGGACAGCAACGUUAUUGAGUGCACGCUGUCUGUGGAGAGCACGGGGCAGGAGUGCCUGGAGGCGGUGGCCCAGAGGCUGGAGCUGCGGGAGACGCACUACUUUGGCCUUUGGUUUCUCAGCAAGAGCCAGCAAGCACGAUGGGUGGAGCUGGAGAAACCUCUGAAGAAACAUCUGGACAAAUUUGCUAAUGAGCCUCUGCUUUUCUUUGGAGUCAUGUUUUAUGUGCCAAAUGUGUCGUGGCUUCAGCAAGAGGCCACAAGAUAUCAGUAUUACCUGCAAGUCAAAAAAGACGUGCUUGAAGGGCGGUUGCGAUGUACGCUGGAACAGGUGAUCCGGCUGGCGGGCUUAGCUGUGCAAGCUGAUUUUGGAGACUAUAAUCAGUUUGACUCACACGAUUUCCUCAGAGAAUAUGUGCUAUUUCCAAUGGAUUUGGCCCUGGAAGAAGCUGUUCUGGAGGAGCUGACACAGAAGGUGGCCCAAGAACACAAAGCGCACAGUGGAAUCCUGCCAGCAGAAGCUGAGCUUAUGUACAUCAAUGAGGUGGAACGUUUGGAUGGCUUCGGACAGGAAAUCUUCCCUGUGAAGGACAAUCAUGGAAACAGUGUGCACCUGGGCAUUUUCUUUAUGGGGAUUUUCGUGAGAAACAGAAUUGGAAGACAAGCAGUGAUAUACAGGUGGAAUGACAUGGGAAAUAUCACUCACAACAAGUCAGCUAUCCUGGUGGAGCUCAUCAGCAAAGAGGAGACUGCCCUCUUUCACACGGAUGAUAUCGAAAAUGCCAAGUAUAUAUCUCGACUGUUUGCUACACGGCACAAGUUCUACAAACAAAACAAAAUCUGCACUGAACAAUCAAAUUCUCCACCCCCUAUCAGACGCCAGCCCACCUGGAGCCGGUCCUCCCUGCCCCGGCAACAACCGUACAUCUUGCCUCCCAUGCAUGUCCAGUGUGGUGAACACUACUCAGAAACACACACUUCUCAAGACAGCAUCUUCCAUGGGAAUGAAGAAGCCUUGUAUUGCAACUCGCACAACAGCCUCGACUUGAGUUAUAUAAAUGGCACCGUCACCAAUGGCAGUGUGUGUAGCAUUCACAGCGUCAACUCCCUCAGUUGCUCCCAAAGCUUCAUCCAGGCUUCUCCCGUGUCCUCCAACCUCAGCAUCCCUGGGAGUGACAUCAUGCGGGCUGACUACAUCCCGAGCCACCGGCACAGCGCCAUCAUCGUGCCGUCCUACCGGCCGACCCCCGAUUAUGAGACAGUCAUGCGGCAGAUGAAGAGGGGGGUCAUGCACACGGACAGCCAGAGCCAGUCCCUGCGGAACCUCAACAUCAUCAACACCCACGCCUACAACCAGCCAGAGGAUCUGGUGUACAGCCAGCCUGAGAUGCGAGAGAGGCACCCCUACACUGUCCCUUAUGGGCCCCAGGGGGGCUACGGUAACAAACCGGUCAGUCCAUCGGACCAGAUCAACCCAAAGAAUGCCACGGUGCCAAGCAAGCCCGGGGCAAGCGCCAUCUCACACACGGUGAGCACCCCGGAGCUGGCCAACAUGCAGCUCCAGGGCACCUAUAACUACAACACGGCCCACAUGCUCAAAAACUAUCUCUUCCGGCCACCGCCCCCCUACCCACGGCCCCGCCCCGCCACCAGCACCCCGGACCUCGCCAGCCACCGCCACAAGUACGUCAGCGGCAGUAGCCCCGACUUGGUGACUCGCAAAGUGCAGCUGUCCGUGAAGACCUUCCAGGAGGACAGCUCCCCUGUGGUGCACCAGUCUCUCCAGGAGGUGAGCGAGCCCCUCACGGCCACCAAGCACCACGGCACGGUGCACAAGCGCCACAGCCUAGAGGUGAUGAGCAGCAUGGUGCGGGGCAUGGAAGCCAUGACCUUGAAGUCGCUCAACAUCCCCAUGGCCCGCCGCAACACUCUGCGAGAGCCGGGGCCGCCCGAGGAGGUGCCGGGGAGCCACGAGGUCCCCCAGCUUCCCGAGUAUCACCACAGGAAGACUUUCUCAGAUGCCACGAUGCUGAUCCACAGCAGUGAGAGCGAGGAGGAAGAGGAGGAGGCUCCGGAACCGGUGCCCCAGAUCCCCGCGCUCCGCGAAAAGAUGGAGUACAGUGCCCAGCUGCAAGCCGCCUUGGCCCGGAUUCCAAACAAGCCCCCACCCGAGUACCCCGGACCCAGGAAAAGCGUGAGCAACGGGGCGCUGGGGCAAGACCAGGUGUGCCUUCCUCCCGCCAUUGCCAGGGCCAGGGUCCUGAGGCAGGGGCCAGCCAAGGCCAUCAGUAUCUCCCGGGCUGACCAGAUGGCCAUCAACGGGUCCUCUCUUGGUCCAUCCAUCUCAGAGCCCGACCUGACAAGUGUGAAGGAGCGGGUCAAGAAAGAGCCUGUGAAGGAGAGACCUGUGUCUGAAAUGUUCUCCCUGGAGGACAGCAUUAUAGAAAGAGAGAUGAUGAUCCGGAAUCUAGAGAAGCAGAAGAUGGCAGGCCUGGAGGCACAGAAGAGGCCACUGAUGUUGGCAGCCUUGAACGGACUCUCGGUUGCUCGGGGCUCGGGGCGGGAAGAAAGUCGCGUUGAUGCCACCCGAGUUCCCAUGGACGAGAGGUUCAGAACCCUGAAGAAGAAGCUCGAAGAGGGAAUGGUGUUCACAGAAUAUGAGCAGAUUCCAAAGAAAAAGGCAAAUGGCAUUUUCAGCACAGCAGCGCUGCCAGAAAAUGCUGAGCGCAGCCGUAUCCGGGAGGUUGUCCCCUAUGAGGAGAACCGCGUAGAGCUCAUACCGACCAAAGAAAAUAACACAGGCUACAUUAACGCCUCCCACAUCAAGGUGGUGGUUGGUGGGGCAGAAUGGCAUUACAUCGCCACCCAGGGGCCUCUGCCACACACAUGCCAUGACUUCUGGCAGAUGGUGUGGGAGCAGGGGACGAACGUGAUCGCCAUGGUCACCGCGGAGGAGGAAGGCGGACGAACCAAGAGCCACCGAUACUGGCCCAAACUGGGUUCCAAGCACAGCUCAGCCACCUAUGGCAAGUUCAAGGUCACCACAAAGUUCCGAACGGAUUCCGGUUGCUAUGCAACCACAGGCUUGAAGGUCAAGCACCUUUUGUCUGGGCAGGAAAGGACAGUGUGGCAUUUGCAAUAUACUGAUUGGCCAGAUCACGGCUGCCCAGAGGAUGUCCAAGGAUUUUUGUCCUAUUUGGAGGAGAUCCAGUCGGUCCGUCGCCAUACCAACAGCAUGCUGGAAAGCACCAAGAACCAGCACCCCCCGAUAGUGGUCCACUGCAGUGCUGGGGUGGGAAGGACCGGCGUGGUCAUCCUUUCUGAGCUGAUGAUCUACUGCCUGGAGCAUAAUGAAAAGGUGGAAGUGCCCAUGAUGCUAAGGCUUCUCAGGGAGCAAAGGAUGUUCAUGAUCCAGACCAUCGCUCAGUACAAGUUUGUCUACCAGGUCCUCAUCCAGUUCCUCCAAAACUCCAGACUCAUUUAACCCCCCCGCUUCAGCUCCUGGAAGAGUCACCCAGCUCCACCUCACAGAUGGGGAAGCACCUCCAGACAGCAUCUGCUCUCCCAGCAGGGCGCGGAUGGCCGGAGCAGGCAGGUCACGGGCUCCCUGAAGACGGGAGCCAGGAUCAUUCACAAACAUCAUGUGUUAUUUUAUAUGAGAUAAUUUAUUUUUUUCCCCCCCUUUGGAAUAACUUUUAUGAAUCAUCGUAAUGCCGUUUUCACAAUAAUGUAGUACUUUUCAUCUGAACCACAGUUUGACCGAUCUGCAUUGUAAUGGGUCAGUAGGGAGGGUUGCCUGGUGGAUUAUCUGAGGGACAGAGGCAUAAGGGAACACAUCUCUAGUGAAGUUGCAGCCAGAUUUGUAACCGGCCCUGAAAUUUGUCAGCCUAAUUGCUCAUGUUCAAAUCGAAGAUGGCAAGAAAAUGAU